CGCAGACUUAGCAAACCUAUGUAAGAUCAAUCGUACCUAUUUCUAAUAUGCGUCUGCAGCAGUUAUUGUUGAUUCAUUGCCCUCUGGGACAACUCAGUGCAGUGAUCACUAACCGUUCACCAUCUAGCAACCAGCAUCUAGUUGCCAGCAAAACAUUUCGAGCAUCGAUCAAGUCAUUGAUGAUUGUUUCAGACGAAUGGCACUCCAUCCACUUCACCCGCCGCCAGCAGGCCAUGUCACGACGACUGUUCUGAUAAACAACGUCCACUGUGCCUCCUGCCUCACCUACAUCCAGGAGGUCCUCAGUACAUUACAGCCAGCGCCGUUAACGAUUACCGCGAACUAUAUAUCACACGAGGUGACGAUAGUCCACUUUCCCGACCACUCCGCAACUGACAUAGCUCGAGCUUUAUCAGACGCAGCAUUCGAAGUGCAGAGUGUGCAGACCGAAGAUGAAUCUGGCCAUGUCAUCUACGAGCAAGAUUUAGUCCAGACCCAUCAAGAAUGGUUGGAGCAGGCUGCUCAGAUGCUGAGCGAACAAGCAUCAACUCUGUCGCGGCACCAGACGGCAGGACAUCAUGAAUCACGAGACGAUGCCGGCUACCAAUUUGAUGAGAAGCAUUUAGACCACUGUGUUCUUUGUCAAAAGGCGAACGAAAAAGCCGAGACAUCUCAGGAUGUUAUCGUGACCAUCCCUGAGGCGAAAAAGUUUACAGCCACUCUCAGUAUCACUGGGAUGACUUGCGCGGCAUGCAUCCUCUCCAUUAAUGAAGGGGUGCAGGGACUCCAAUUCUUGACGGAUGUCAGCGUCAGUUUACUUACCAAUAGCGCAACUGUCGCCUUUACCGGCCCGAAGGACAACAUCGAUCAGAUUGUGGAGAGAAUUGAAGACAGAGGAUACGACUGCCAAAUCGAGAGCAUCGUUGAAGUUGGACAACCACAGCAAACAAAAGAGCUAGUGGAAAGGACAAUCAUGAUUAGAAUAGCAGGCAUGUUCUGCGAUCAAUGCCCACGACGGGUUAUUGAAGCUUUAUCAUCACCGUUUCAGGGACGACUUGCUAUUGACAAACCGCCGUCGUACGAUGACCCCAUCAUCAUGAUGACAUAUCGUCCCCAACCCGGCAUCAUUACUAUCAGAAGUAUCCUUGCUACUAUACAUGGCGUCAGCGACCAACUCAGAGCCACAAUAUACCAUCCUCCAACGAUCGAAGAGCGCUCUCGAACUAUGCAGCUCCGCGAACGCCGUCGUCUACUCCUGCGGCUUCUCCUUAGCUUCAUCGUCGCCAUUCCAACCUUCCUUAUCAGUGUGGUCUGGAUGAGCCUUGUUCCCUCGACCAACCGCGUACGAAUAUUCUUCCAACAAAAUAUGUGGACUGGUGCCGACACUCGUGCCGAGUGGGCGCUUUUCUUCCUUGCGACGCCUGUGAUGUUCAUCGCUGCCGACGUCUUCCACACAAGGGCAAUCAAGGAGAUCCGAGCACUGUGGAGCCGGAAUAGCAAAGUCCCAGUUCUUCGAAGAUUUUACCGUUUUGGAAGCAUGAAUCUGCUCAUGUCCGCUGGAACGUCGGUGGCGUACUUCCCUUCGAUCGCCGUACUUGCUCUAGAAGCGCAAAAAACGGGGCAACACAACAGGCGACUAUCGACAUACUUCGACACGGUUGUGUUCUUGACGAUGUUCAUUCUCGCUGGGCGCUACUUAGAAGCGUACAGUAAAUCCAAGGCCGGUGAUGCUGUCACGAUGCUCGGAAAGCUCCGGCCAACCGAAGCUCUGCUCGUGACAUCUAAUCCAGAAUCGGAAGAUAGUGAGCUAUCUCUUCCGAUAACCAAUGGCGAGAGAAUCAAUGUCGAUGUUCUUGAAGUCGGAGAUGUUGUCCGAGUACUUUAUGGUGUAUCUCCACCAGCCGAUGGCACAAUCGUCCUAGGCGAUUCCACCUUCGAUGAGAGCUCUUUAACCGGAGAGUCUCGGCCUAUUACCAAGAAUACUGGCGAUCAAGUCUUUGCUGGAACAAUCAACACCGGUAAACCGAUUAAUGUCCGAGUCACUGAAGUCUCAGGCGCAUCUAUACUUGACCAAAUCGUCAAAGUCGUUCGUGAAGGGCAGGCAAAAAGAGCGCCAGUGGAGAGAGUGGCCGAUAUCUUGACGGGAUACUUCGUUCCAGUUAUUACCCUCAUUGCCGUAUCAACAUUUGUUAUCUGGUUUGGACUAGGUCAGGGCGGGGCACUCCCGGAGAGCUGGCUUGAUGUCGACACAGGUGGCUGGGCAUUCUGGGCACUACAGUUUGCGAUUGCAGUCUUUGUCGGCGCGUGCCCCUGUGGCAUUGCCCUUGCAGCCCCAACAGCUUUAUUCGUGGGCUCUGGACUAGCGGCGCAACACGGAAUAUUGGUUAAAGGUGGCGGAGAAGCGUUUCAAGAAGCGUCUGAUCUGGACGUGGUUGUCUUUGACAAAACCGGCACGCUCACCGAGGGCGGAAACCCGACUGUGACAAACCAUGAUAUCAUGGCUUCUGGUGAGGAGGAGACGAAGGCCAUCUGGGCAAUCGCACAAGCACUGGAGGAGUCUUCAAGUCACCCCAUAGCAAAAGCAAUUGCUGCGCUCUGCGGAGGACAAAGCCGCACUGCCAUCGCCGACUCUGCCAUUGAAGAACUGCCUGGUCGCGGUCUCAAAGGCACAUUUACCAUCCAUACAUCCGCCAAUGACACCCGGUACGAGGCUGCCAUCGGCAGUGAAACUUUCGUCUCCUCCCUUGGCACUCCUAUAACUACAGAUCAGUCCAACAUUAUGGCGACAUGGAAAUCCGCUGGGAAAAGCGUCGCGCUUCUGGCUUUGCGUCCAUUGUCCCUCUCAGACAGGGACGAAACCACUUUUAAACUUGUUGCACAGUUUGCAACCACAGAUUCUCUCCGUCCUGAAGCUGUUUCCGUCCUUUCUGCUCUACGUGAGCAAGGGUUAAGCAUCUGGAUGAUCUCAGGCGACAAUGCCAUGACCGCUAUUGCAGUUGGGCAUCAGCUAGGUAUCCCGGCGACCAAUAUCAUAGCCGGUGUUCUCCCUUCGGAAAAGGCGGAGCGGAUCCGUUGGCUACAAAAUUCCGCCCCUAGACGCAACGGCAAGGCGGGAAGAGCAAUGGUGGCUAUGGUUGGGGAUGGCAUCAAUGACUCUCCAGCACUCACUGCCGCGGACGCCGGAAUUGCCGUCGGCUCUGGCUCAGAUGUUGCUAUAUCAAGUGCCAAAUUCGUGCUAGUGUCCUCAAACCUGCACUCGUUGUUGACUCUUAUCACACUCUCCCGCACGGUUUUCCGGAGAGUCAAGUUCAACUUUGCGUGGGCAUUGGUGUACAACGUGGCCUUGGUGCCAAUUGCGGCAGGAGUGAUUUAUCCGGCACCCGGACACCCGAAGUUGAACCCGGUGUGGGCGAGUCUGGCCAUGGCGUUGAGCUCGCUGAGCGUCGUAUCCUCGAGUCUGGUUAUGAGGACAGGAAUUCCUAUCAUUGGGUUUAGAGCAUCCAGGAAGACAUAGUGGAGAUAGAGCCCAGCAGGACUUUCAAAUCCAGUCAGGCAGAGAUCGCAGCUGGAGAAGACUUGUGAUAUUUACCUCAGGAUGAUUAUUAUCGCUUGUAGAGGGUAUAUAAACGAGAGGAGAAUAUAUCUAGCACAAGGGCUGCAGUAACCCAUGACAUCUUAAACGGCCGAAGGCAUUCAGCCAAAGUGAUAUUU